CACACACUCGCUUACACUCGGUAUAAAAGGCUUAACUAGAUCGGGGGUCGACACAGGGACCUCAGCUCCUCCGCCGCUAAGAUGAGGACGUGGACUAGCUUAACCGUGUUGUCCGUGGCGGUGGUUAGCACGCUGAGUUUUCCACGUCCUGAUGCCGAGUACAAGAUUCCGACCGUAGGCCUCGGUGCCAGGUCACAAUACUAUGUUCUCCCACGACGACGGGACCUUCAAGUAUGGCUAUGACACUGGUGACGGAGCCUAUGAGUCGGCGAUGGCAAAUGCUCCCGGGGACGUCUCUGGCUCCUUUGGGUACAAGGAUGCAUCCGGGGCAGACAUAAAGCUGGAUUAUACAGCUAAUGACCAAGGCUUCCUUGUCAGUGGAUCUCAUCUACCAGUUGCCCCACUGGCUAACUUUGGCUCGCGUGUAUCCCCCAAAAGUGCAUCUACAACUUACAGUGAUCCUGCUGUCUCUUCGCAACCUAUUGCUUCUACAAAAUCUGCAGCUCCACAGACACCGCUUGAAGAAGCUCAAAUACGAAGCUCUGCUCUUGGCGAUGGAAGUUACUCUUUCUCCUACGAGAAUCAGAGAAGCUCACGUCACGAAACAGCAGAUGCUCUCAACAACGUCAAGGGAAGGUAUUCCUUUAUUGCUGAUGAUGACGUAAAUAGGCAAAUCCAGUACAUUGCUGGAGCUGACACUGGUUACAUUGCUGAAGGAGAUUCCCUUCCUCAAGGACCACCUGUUCCAGGCGCAGAAUCUGGAAUUCCAACUGGACGAAUUCUUCCUGUUCUGUCUGAGCAACAGGCUAACAAACUUGCUGCUGCGACUUCUGGUUCUGCAAGUGCUAGCCCUCUGACUGCUGCCACCUACAGUUCUCCUCUUGACUCUGCUCCAAGGGACGCCUCUUACUCUUUCAGUUAUGAUGCUGGUCAAAGCUCUCGAUCGAAAGUGCUGAUCCCAACCUUAACGUACAGGGAACUUUCAGCUUUGAUGCCGAUGAUGGCGUUCGAAGGACUGUGAACUAUGUUGCUGGAUCUGCUACUGGUUUCGUUGCUGAAGGUGAUCACUUACCUAUUGCUCCAGACACUGAUUUGGAUCUCGAAUUCAGUCUUCCAGUUCAGGCGU